UUAGAGACUCCAUUAUUUUCAUUGACAGGACGAAUUCCCAAAAAACAUUUCAGUCUGUUUUCAUUUUUAUAAACAAUUGCUGUUACGAAAACGCAAAAAGAAUGGUGGGCGCAAUGCCUGUUAAUGUGAUACCAAAAUUUUGCAACGGCGCCAUGGAUACUCACAACGGGGGCGAUGACUUGGACACACAGGUAUUCGUCGGUAGCAGGAUAAAAUGCAACGAAGACUUCGGCACCGUGAAGUAUAUUGGAGAAGUGCAAGGCUACAAAGGUGUGUGGUACGGCGUGGAAUGGGACAACGCUGAGCGCGGAAAACACGAUGGCUGCGUCGAAGACAUCCAGUAUUUCAAGACUACGAAACCUGGGGCUGGUUCUUUCAUUCGUCCCAACAAGAUAAGUCCGUUUAAAACCUGCGCAGAGGCUAUUAGAAGAUACUACGGCGAUCGCGAGGAUGAGUCUGUGGCUGCUCACCGCAGAACCGUCAUCAAUGAAUGGAAGAGGGAGAUGGGUGCUCCAUUCAUUGAGAUGGUGGGAUUUGAGAAGAUCCAUCAGAAACAAAAAUUCGACCGUCUACAAGAUGUAUGCGUUCAUGAUCUCAAUGUGUCACGAGCUGGUGAUGUGGCGGAGCUGUGCCCGAACAUCCAGAGCUUGGACAUCAGCUGCAACCUGUUCAGCAACUGGCGCGAGGUGAUUCAGCUGUCUGCGCAGCUGCCGCACUUGGUAGACCUGGAUCUGAGCAAGAAUCGUAUGGCCAUCGACAUGCCUGAAGACACUUUAAAACAACUGUCAAUCCACUUCAACCAUCUCGAGAAACUGAACCUGUCCGUCUGUGACUACGAGUGGUCAGACAUCCUGGCCUUAUCACACCUCUGGCCAAACAUCACCGAGUUGGUGGCGGCUUACAACAGAAUCAAAAGAAUCAUUCCCCCGGAGAAUACUCUACAGAACCUUACAACUUUACGCUUGGACGGAAACCCGAUAGAGUCCUGGUACGAAGUGAUAAAUCUUGGUUGGCUGAGCCUGAAAGUAUUGAGUUUGAACGACUGUGUCAUAAGUGAGAUAAGAUUCAACGACCAGCCGGGCUCCAAAGUGGAUGUAUUGGAGAAUUUGGAGGUGCUGUUUUUGAACCGGAAUAAAAUUAGUGAUUGGAGAUCUCUAUCUGAACUGAACAAACUGAAGUCGCUCAAGAAACUCUACUUCCUGAAGAAUCCGAUACAGGCUACGGAAGACUAUGACACUGGCUCACAACUGAUUAUAGCUAAGAUUGGCACACUACAGGAAUUGAAUGGAUCAAUAAUAACGAGGGAACUGCGGCGAGGUGCAGAGUACGAUUACAUGAAGCGCUAUGGGGCGGAGUGGAAGUUGGCGCGAAACGAUCCGGCCAAGAUGGCGGCGUUCGACAUAGAACAUUCCAGAUUCGGGGAGCUCGUUGACAAAUAUGGUAUACCAGAUGACAGCCUACUCGUGAAACAGCCGAAAUCCACAACACUUACCUCACAACUCCUAGAAGUCACACUCACAGACGAAAAGGGCAAAAGCAUCAAGAAGAAAUUCCCCGCGACCAUGGCAGUUCAGAAGCUGGUAACACUGGUGCAGAGAUUAUUCGCAAAGGGCAACACUGGGGAGCUGUCACUGCAUCUCAUUGAUGAACAGAUGGACGGAGCAGAAAUAACAUUGGAUAAUGUUAUGAAGGAUCUCGCGUUUUUCUCAAUCAAAUCUGGUGACACCAUACUCGUGAGGUUCAGAUAAAUGUUUUAAGAGAGUGCAUUGAGCGACAGAGACAACAUUUAGAAAGAGAGACAAAAUUCAUAACGAGAUACUAAUUCAUAAAGAGAGACAAAGUUCAUAAAGAGAGACAUAAUUCACAAAGACAUACUAUGAUUAAUGAUUAUAUUAACACUUAUAACUGUGGUGAUUCAGAUGCUUACUUUUUGGUAGCCGUUCAAAAGGAGGUAGGCUAAUUUUGCUCUAUUAUAUUCUGUCAAGGGCAUUCAAGUUUCAAUUUUAAAAAAACUUUACAUAAUAUAUAGAAGCUAGUAAUCAAAAGUUAUGAAAUGUUGCCAUAUUAUUUUAUUUGUGUUGUCUUGUCGAAACUGUCAAUUAUUGUCAAAGAGGUUGUUGGAUUAUAUUUAUAAAUAAAUUCUUUUUUUUCGUUCAGUAUUAUGGGCAGCAAAAUGAGGCUGUCAUUGUAUUGUGAUUCGCCAACCUCCUUCCUUAAAAGACCAUGGCAAUAAAUGUCUUAAGAGAAUAUUAAAACGAUAAUGGUAUCAAAACCUCAUGAUUAUUUUGUCUCUCUUAUGCUAAGUACUCACAUACGGUUUUGCUCGAUAGUUUUACUCGAAA